AUGUCAAACAAUAAUUCUUUAAAUAUUUUUAAUAAUAAUGGAAAUUUUGAAGAAUUGUUAUUAACAUAUAACGAAUUAUUAAAUUUAUUAAAAAAUGAUUCCGAUGAAAAAUUAAUAAUAGAAAAAGCAUUAAAAUUAUUUUCAAAUUAUUUUAAUAAUAAUCAUUCAAAUAAUCCUUUUCACUUUGAAGUAUUAAUUGAGUCACUAAAUAAUAAAUUAAAUAAAUUUGAUUUUAUUAAUUUAUUGGUAUCAAUUUUUUCUUGUAAUGGUGAAAUUAAUUUUAAUUUCAAGAUUUAUAUUGUUAAUAAAUUAUUUCAAUUUUUAAAUAAUAAUAAUAAUAAUAAUAUUUCAUUAUCAACAAUCGAUUUCUCUCCAAUCAAAAAGUUCUCAAGUAAUUUCAAAAGAGAUAUUGUGUUGGUAAGAAAAAUAAAUUGUAUAGAAAAAUAUUUUAAAGAUAAUGAAGAUAUAAUCAAUAAUCAAGAUGAUAAAGCAUUUGACGAUCAAUUUUUAUCUUCAAAUUUAGUUUUUCAAAAUUAUUGCAAAUCAAUAGAUGAUUUAUUUUCAUUGGAUUAUUUAGAUAUGGAUAAAGAUUUUAUUAAAUUAAUUAAUGAUUUGGAAAAAAAUGAAAUUAAAUUACAACCAUUAUUGUCAUAUUUAAAUCAUUUCGAAAGAUCAACUUUAGAAUUUAUAAAUUUAGAUUUACAAUAUAUUUUAUUUAAUAAUAAUAAUAAUAAUAAUAAUAAUAAUAAUAAUAAUAAUAAUAAUAAUAAUAAUAAUAAUAAUAAUAAUAAUAAUAAUAAUAAUAGUAAUAAUAGUAAUAAUAGUAAUAAUAAUAAUAAUUAUAAUAGUAAUUUAAAUAAAUUUAAAUUUUAUCUUUAUUGUUUAAAUAAGGAAAUAUCAUAA